AUGAUAAAGAACGAAAAUAGAGAAGCAAAAGUUUUAGCUCAAAAUAUAUGUAUGUCUGUUUUCAAAGCACGAAGAGUAAUUGAUCAGAUUCGUGGACGUUCUUAUGAAGAAGCACUCAUGAUACUAGAACUAAUGCCUUAUAGGGCAUCUUAUCCAAUCUUAAAAUUAGUUUAUUCUGCAGCAGCAAAUGCUAGUCAUAAUAUGGGUUUGAAUGAAGUUGACUUAUUUAUUAGUAAAGCUGAAGUCAAUAGAGGUACUAUUAUGAAAAAGUUAAAACCCCGGGCUCGAGGACGUAGUUAUCUGAUAAAAAAAACCACUUGUCAUAUAAAGAUUUUUUUAAAAGAAAAAUAUAAGAUUUAG